UAACAAACGAAUUAGAGCCCAGUCAGGUACAGAAACCACUACUGCCACCAUCAACAUUUAUAUCUGAAAAUAUUGAGCCUUUCUGUCAAAGAAAAACUGAUAGCUGUUGAAAAAUGUACCAUAAAGAUGGUAUUACAUUUAUUUCUUCAUCAGUGCAUAUAAGAGAAAAGCAACUACCAGUUAUUAUUUCCUGCCCUUAAAUGUUUGUGUAGUUGCCCAUGGAAAUAAUGCCUUUAUCCAAAGCAAAUUAUUAUAACCUGCUGACAACCAAAGUGACUACUUAAGAGUACCACCUAGUGACUAAGUCUACCUAGAGGACAUAAAUGCCCUUUUCUACUUAUGGGCUUCAUGAUGUUUAGUGAAAAUAGUACAGUAUAUUGAUAGCAGGCAGUCAUCCUUUGUACUGUACAUGUGUUUGGGAAUUCCCCCGUGUGACUUAUUUUCAAAAUAACGUGCGUAGUAUAUGAAGUCAUUAGAGAACGAAUAAUAAGAGCCCCAAUGUGAUUUCUUGACUUCCUUUGCACAUAGCAACAAAACUACAUUCCUUUCCCUUCAAUCAACAAAGGGUGUUGACUCACCAUCCUAGAAUGUGUGUGCGCGCGUGCACAUACUGUAGACUCCUUUGUAAAGCAAAGUCUAAUCUCCUGUAUUUUUCAUGUCAAAUGCCAGCUAAAAGACAACCAACAGCAUUUCACCCAGUUCAGUGUAUGCCUAACACAUUUUAAGCUGAAUAUUCAAAUUCCAGACAGUUAUUAAGUUUUAAAAUAAAAUAGGGUUCCUACCCUCGUCAUAUAUUUGAAAAAGAAAACAAGUAAUUCGUAGAGUGAGCAUAACUCUCCUCGAGUGUAAGAAAGAUUCAGUGCUUGUUAAUUCUGCCACCAAACCCCAUUUAUGGAUGUAAAAACACUUUACACACACCCCAUCCUCGGGUAUUGUUUAUUUCAUGCAGCUUCCGUCCCCAAAGACAUUAAAUUUUAACUUGUGUUCAUUCAAAAUGUGUGUUUUCUCCAAUAUACAGUUUUAUUAUUAUAUAUAUAAAUGUAACCUCGAUUUAGCGAACUGUGUGUGAAACAAAUUGCAUCAGCUGUUUCUUUUAUUGUUGCUUUCAUCUACAAAAAUCAUUAAUAACACGACAGUAGACAUAUUAAGAGUUGCCAUUUAUGUCCUAAUAAUUCCCACACUGUGGACUGAUUUUGCAGAGCAAAGUUUUAAUUUCAACCUGUCAUAUGAAGGACAGCUACGAAGAGAACCUGUCUGUAAAGAGAUUUAACCAUAUCUAGCAUAUUCCCCAUGUUCUAGCCUCGAAAAUUCAUUUUCAAAGAAUAAAGGGUUCAUAUUUUAUUGAACAAAAACCUCUGGAACUGGAAAUAACCAUAGAAUUUUAUGUUGGCAAUUAUUUGUAGUUCGUGGGUGAAGUAUUUACGGAGUUGAUCAGUGAAGCACUUUUUGAGACACUGUUCAAACAUUUCUCAAGACAGUGCUUAGCUGAUGGCCUCUGUCCUCACUGAGUCACAACUCUGUAAAUGCUUCACCCACUUCCUUCAAAAAUACAAUUGCCAACAGAGCCUAACCUAACAAGCUGAAUGGCAUUUUUAGACAUAGUAUGCAAGGCCAUCAUCUUACAUAGCCUACUAGGCAGGAAGAUCGGCAUUUCUGGCAGUUUGCAAUACUAAACCUAGUAGGUAACUGCCUGUGAAGCUUAAGUACACAGAUACCAAUCUAUUUAUAUAUGAUAAUUGUCCAUCUUUGUAUUUUGCAUUAAUAGUAUGUCACACAGAACACAUUGGGGAAGAUUGAAGUGUUGAGCAAUUUUAUAGGCUUAAUUUACUCAGUUCAGAAGGAGCAAUGGAUCUUGAACAAUCUACCUCUAGCGAUGACGUUUUUAUUAAAGUGGAGACCAAUCAUGAAUGCCUGGAUUCAGAAUCUCUUUUGGACGAGGAUGUUCCCGAUAGCCACAGAGAACGUUUUCUAAAUAGCAUUAAUAUAAUGCUGAAAAAAGGUGGAGCUGGAAGUCGCACAAUUUUCACAGAAGAAAAACUAGCCAUGUACAUCAAGGAAGUGGACGAGGCUAAAAAGAAAUCUGGCACUAAAACAUCUCGAGAGUAUGAUCUUCUCUCGAGAUAUGAUACAGUAACACGUUUUGGGGAACGUGUAUUGAUUUCUGUUGAUGGCAAACAAAAACAUAAGCAUGGAAAGAAAAGCCAACAGCAGGCGAGUGCCUCUUCUACAAACACUGCACCUCACACCUCUCGAAGAUUCAUACAUAUGGGCCAGUUAUUUGACACCAUUUAUGAUGCACAUCUUGCUGUUGGCCACGGAGGUGAGAAACGGACUUACAUAGAAGUUCGAAAGACGGUGGCUAAUGUAACACAGACAGAGAUUAAAUUGUUUAUCUCGUUCUGUAACACUUGUAAUUCAAAGUGUGUUCCCCAUCGGAAAAAAACAGUUGUAGACCCUAUUGUGUCUGAGGCAUUUGGUGAGAGGGGUCAGAUUGACCUGGUAAACAUGCAGAAAGAGGGAAAUGAUAGCCCCUACAAAUUUAUCCUGCAUUACCAGGACCAUUUCACUAAGUUUUCAAUUCUACGUCCCCUUAGAACAAAGCAAGCCAUUGAGGUGGCAAGGCAUCUUUUGGAGAUAUUCACACUUAUUGGUGCUCCUCAGAGGCUACAGAGUGACAGCGGGCACGAGUUUGUAGCAGAGAUAAUCCAACAACUUCAGUAUGAACUGUGGCCCAACCUUGUUCUGAUUAACAGUCAACCCCACCACUCACAGAGCCAGGAGAGUAUAGAAAGAGCAAACGGUGAUAUCAUUCAACUCUUGCGAGGUUGGAUGACAGACAAUAGGACAAAAGAUUGGUCAUUGGGGCUUCCUUUUGUACAAUUAAGUAAAAACACUGCCUGUAAUUAUGGUACUGGAUUAUCACCCUACAAAGCUGUGUUUGGUAUAGAUCCACAAAUUGGGAUGCAGAUGCAGCUUUCAACUCAAAUGCACAGACUGUUAUGCAGCGGGUUGUUAUAUAAGGAAGAUGUCGAGUCACUUCAACACAAUGCAUCUGAAUCCUCAACCGAGAUGGAUGAUCCAUUAAGAUUAGAGAUAAAGACAGAGGAGGAGAUGCUUAUCAGAGAGACACCACCGUCACCAACAUUGAAGGCGGAGCCACGUUCUCCAGCAUUUCAGCUAGAUAUGAUGCCUACCGAAGAGAAACCAUCACUGCCACCAUCAACAUUUAUAUCCAACAAUGCAGAGACACAUCAAGUUGAUGAGCAGCUGCCAUCAUCAUCAUGGCCAGUGCCACACACACUACUGUCACCAUUGGUGGUGAUAACUGAGAACGUUGAGGAAAUCAAAAUGGAGCAGACAUUUCAGGAACUGCAACAGGAUGACAGUAUGCUUACAGGCAAUCAUACCAUUUUCGGAAGCGUCGGGCCCAGGAGCUAACGAAUAACUCGCUUUUCCAAAUGGGAAGGCCCAAGUCUUCAGAAAAAAAAUUACUUUCCCCUAAGUGGUGUACAAUAUUUUGAUUAAUUUGUUCCCUGAAUACUUGUUAUGUUUUCAUUUUGCAUUACUGUAUUUUUAAUAAAAUAACUUAGUUGAAUUGAUGUACAAAUAUAUAUACAGUAUAUACAAUACUGUAUUCAUGGAACAGAAAAUUAAUUUCAAAAAUUUUAUUAAUAAAAUUAAACAGAAAAUACAGUACUGUAUGUGUAUUAAUGAGUCAAAUAAAAAAAAUAGUUGACCAAACUGCACACUAGAAAUUGACGAGACGACGACGUUUCGGUCCACCCUGGACCAUUAUAAAGUUGAUUGUGGUCCAGGCCUGACCUAAAUGUUGUUGUCUCUUCAAUUUCUAGUGUGUGGUUUAGUCAACAUUUUUCAGCCACAUUAUUGUGACUUUUCAUCUGAAUAAUCUACAGUAUUAAUUGGGACAUACCUAGAGGCUAGUGUCAUAGUCAGUGGCUGCAUCAAAUCAUUUGACACCUCAACCACUACGAAAGGGAAGGAAAGCAAAAAAGUUCAGUACUGCAUGAACAAAUCCACAAGGGCCGUGAUGAGUGUUCGAACCUACGCAUGGGAUCUUGUGCAUAGGAUUGAACCCUUAUUACGGCCCUUGUAGAUUUGUUCAUUUGAUAUAUCACGUUCUUGUGAUUUCUGUAUGUAUAUAUUGCAUCUUUGUACUAUUAAUUUAUAUAUUCUCAUCAUUCUAACUUUGUGAUAAAUAUUGUCUUUACAAUAAAUCGUCUUUGUAAAUCAUG